GGCGGUCUCCAGGCACGGGCACGGAGCGAACCCGGUCGGAGCGCGGCACCCAGCGGUCGCUGACUCCGGGCCGGCAGCAAUAGCAGCGACCGCGGCGGUUCCGGAGGGAGCCUCUCCGUGCUCGGCUCCGCCGUGCUGGUGACCUUCCUGGAGCUGAUCGCCAGGCCGGGGCAGGGCCUCCUCUCCCCGCGGAGAGUGUGCACCAGGCCCCGGGGAGCGGGCAGGAGGCUGGGCCGGAAUCCCCCUUUGCCCCCGGGUCCUCCUGGCCGCCGGCGGGGCCUGUGCGCCGCGCGGUUCGCCGCCGGGGAGAGGGCGGGGGAAGGCGAGCGGGACGGACGGACGGACGCGGCCGGGCUGCACCUCGGGACAGCGCGGGGCGGGCAGGCCCCGGAGAGAGCUGAGCUGGGCGGCGGAGGAGGCGGCCACCUCGGCGGCGCAUCCCGGGAAGAGUCGGGACCUCGCCACCGCCCUCCUCCUCCUCCCACCGUUAGCGGCUCCUCGUCCCGCGGAGAGUGGAGCUGCCUCUGCCGCCCCAGCUGGGACCCACUGGCUGACACCUCCGGAGCGCCGGGCUGCGGGGACGGAGCCGGAGCUGCCCGCUUGGAGCGCAGGAGGGGGAAAGAGCGCUUGCUUGCGCGGAGCGGCUGGCGCUGAGCGCCCGGCCCGGGAGCCACCCGGGGAAGGUGUCCUGUGACGGCCCUUGAUCAGAAAGGCUGCAAGUCAUGUAAGAGCCGCAGUAGCUGCAGAGUCUCUGAUGGAUAACUGGAUUGGGAGUAAUAUGUGGGAGGCUGUGGACUAUUUGCUUCCGACAUAGGAACAGCCUUGGGUUGGGAUUCUGCACUCCUGAGAGAAUGCUGGGAAUCUGCAGAGGGCGACGGAAAUUCCUGGCUGCCUCUCUGACCAUCCUUUUUGUCCCAGCAAUUACGUGGAUUUAUCUGUUUGCUGGGAGUUUUGAAGAUGGGAAGCCGGUGUCGCUGUCCCCGCUGGAGUCGCAGCCGCACAGCCCUCGGUACACGGCGUCGAGCCUGGAGGUGCGCGUGCGGGAGGUGGAGGAGGAGAACCGCGCGCUGCGCAAGCAGCUCAGCCUGGCCCAGGCCCGGGGCCCCGCGCACCGCCGCACCAACCACUCCAAGACCUACUCCAUGGAGGAGGGCACGGGCGACAGCGAGAGCCUGCGGGCUGGCAUCGUGGCGGGGAACAGCUCCGAGUGCGGCCAGCAGCCCGUGGUGGAGAAGUGUGAGACUAUCCACGUUGCCAUUGUCUGUGCAGGGUACAAUGCCAGUCGGGAUGUUGUCACACUCGUCAAGUCUGUCUUAUUUCACAGGCGGAACCCGCUCCAUUUCCACCUCAUCGCAGAUGCAAUUGCCAAACAGAUCCUGGCCACUCUGUUCCAGACGUGGAUGGUCCCGGCCGUGCGCAUAGACUUCUAUGAUGCAGAUGAGCUCAAGUCUGAAGUGUCUUGGAUCCCCAACAAACACUACUCUGGGAUUUACGGGCUGAUGAAGUUGGUUCUGACUAAGACUCUACCUUCCAAUCUUGAGCGAGUCAUUGUUCUCGACACAGACAUUACAUUUGCCACUGACAUUGCUGAGCUAUGGGCCGUCUUUCACAAGUUCAAAGGGCAGCAAGUUCUUGGCUUGGUGGAGAACCAGAGUGAUUGGUAUUUGGGCAAUCUCUGGAAGAACCAUCGGCCCUGGCCUGCGCUUGGGAGAGGCUACAACACAGGGGUGAUCUUGCUGCUCCUCGAUAAAUUGCGGAAGAUGAAGUGGGAGCAGAUGUGGAGACUGACGGCGGAGCGGGAGCUGAUGAGCAUGCUGUCCACUUCGCUGGCUGACCAGGAUAUCUUCAAUGCAGUCAUCAAACAAAAUCCCUUCCUUGUCUACCAGCUCCCAUGUUUCUGGAAUGUGCAGCUUUCUGAUCACACCCGUUCUGAGCAGUGCUACAGAGAUGUGUCUGACCUGAAGGUGAUUCACUGGAACUCACCGAAGAAGCUGCGAGUGAAAAACAAGCAUGUGGAGUUUUUCCGCAACCUCUACCUGACAUUCCUGGAAUAUGAUGGGAAUUUGCUGAGACGGGAACUCUUUGGCUGCCCCAGUGAAGCAGAUGUUAACAGUGAGAAUCUCCAGAAGCAGCUGUCUGAGCUGGACGAGGACGACCUGUGCUAUGAAUUCCGUCGGGAGCGCUUCACCGUCCAUCGCACUCAUCUCUACUUUCUGCAUUACGAGUACGAGCCUGCUGCCGACAACACCGAUGUGACACUGGUGGCACAGCUGUCCAUGGACAGGCUCCAGAUGCUUGAAGCCAUCUGCAAGCACUGGGAAGGUCCCAUCAGCCUGGCACUGUACCUUUCUGACGCAGAAGCCCAGCAGUUCCUGCGCUAUGCUCAGGGCUCGGAGGUCCUGAUGAGCCGCCACAACGUUGGCUACCACAUCGUGUACAAGGAGGGGCAGUUCUACCCUGUGAACCUGCUCAGGAACGUGGCCAUGAAGCACAUCAGCACACCAUACAUGUUUCUGUCCGACAUCGACUUCCUGCCCAUGUAUGGACUCUACGAGUACCUCAGGAAGUCUGUCAUCCAGCUGGACCUAGCUAACACCAAGAAAGCUCUGAUUGUACCUGCCUUUGAGACCCUGCGCUACCGCCUCUCCUUCCCCAAGUCAAAAGCAGAGCUGUUAUCUAUGUUGGACAUGGGAACCCUCUUUACAUUCAGGUACCACGUCUGGACGAAAGGGCACGCGCCAACAAAUUUUGCCAAGUGGCGAACGGCCACCACACCCUACCGCGUCGAGUGGGAAGCAGACUUUGAGCCAUACGUCGUCGUCAGGAAGGACUGCCCGGAGUAUGACAGGCGCUUUGUGGGAUUUGGCUGGAACAAAGUAGCUCACAUCAUGGAACUGGAUGCACAGGAGUACGAGUUCACGGUGCUGCCCAAUGCCUACAUGAUCCACAUGCCGCACGCGCCCAGCUUCGACAUCACCAAGUUCCGCUCCAACAAGCAAUACCGCAUCUGUCUCAAGACACUCAAGGAGGAGUUCCAGCAGGACAUGUCGCGCCACUACGGCUUCGCGGCCCUCAAAUACCUGACGGCAGAGAACAACAGUUAGCAGCGUGGGGCCCCUGCCUGGCCAACAGGGACACUGAGGCAAGAGCCGCUCCGCGUUUGGGGCCUGGCCUUCGAACUCCAAACUGAGAAAUACUUUCUGUUUUUAUAUCAUAUUUGGAAGUUCUAACAGUAGAAAUUUGAAGUGACAUAUCUUCGGACGAUGCUCGUUCAUCCCUUCCCCGACUGCCCCGGCUCUGUCGGCUUCAGCGUUCGUGAGGUGCAUGUGAGCAGGGCCAGCCAGGCGCCCUCUGAGCCACCCAAGGUGGGACUGGGCAGGGGCUGGGAUUGCACUCCGCUCUCUUGACUGCAGAGCACAGACAGACCUUCAGAAUAUAGGAUUUCAUGUUGCUAUUUAAUAAUUUGACAUGCUUUUUAUCUGUAAAGGAAGAUCUUCGGGUCGCUGUCCUGUGAAUUUCAAAUCUGCACUACUUUAAAAGGGAACUUUCACCUGUGAACUUUCACAGGGGCCCUGUUAACAAUGGAUGACCUUGUUAAUGCAGGAUGAGCCAAAGGUCUGAAUUAGCCUUGAAAACACAGGGGACACUUAUACAAUACUGCACUCCUGAGAAGGUGUGUUACUGGCUCAGUUGUAUACAUUAUAUCGGUUGAUCUUUUUUUUCUCAAAUUAAUUGUUUUUUCAGGAAAAUUCCCUAUAUCCCACCCUGCCUUGGCCCCAGUCCUAAAUGCUGCUCCUUUCCUUGCCAAGGAAAUAUCUCCCUUGUGUUUCUUUGCCAUCUUCUGUUUUGGUGGUCCAGUAAAGAAGAUCAGUAGCUCUGCCAGAAAGUGAACAGAACUUGUCAGUUUAAAGUCUGUUUUCAUCAGAGCAACUUGUUCACAUGUGUCUCAUAAGAUAAAGGGCCUGGCUCUAACCCUUUAUCUCUUUUAGGCAGGAAUUGGAUUUUACCUAUAAGGCACAUUGUACCAGGGGAAUACUGAUUUGUAGGCUCAUUUCAGUGCUGCCCAUCCGUGAAGGCUCUGGGCCUUAGGCUUUAAGUGGACUUCUUUGCUGAACAGUGAAUAUAAACGAGUAAAAGGCAACUAGUAGCCUUGGUGCUCUCCUGCUGCCUGCUGCAAGGUCUCAGAACUACUUCGUUAAAGGAGUUUAUAAUUAAAAGGAGCAGAACUGUUAGGAAUAAACUCCCCAUUGGACGGGGAGAAAAGAAUGUGUUGGGAAUCUGAGUGAGUGUUUGCUUGAACGUGGACUGGUCAAGUUCACAACAUCGGUACACCCAGGAAUUUGCUGGAGGGCGAACAGGAACCUAACAAGCAAAAUGCAGAAAACAAGACAUUGGACUUUUUGCCAUUUUCUUUAUCUUCAGUAUUAAUGUUGUGUUUACAUGGGAGGAAGAGAUGAGGUGCACUACCCCUUUCAGGGCUAUUUGUAAUUUCUGUUGCAAUGUUAAUAGAGAAAGCAGAAACAACUCAGUGAGAAAUGUGUCUGUCUCCCUGCCCCAAACCCCAAACAACCACAUGUACCAGUACCACUGCCUGAGCUGGGAAAUGGAUCCAUAUUGCGUUCUGCUCACGUUUUUCCAUUUUGCUUUUCAGCCACUGGACCUUCUACUUUCCUCCCCACCUCAUCCCUCUAGAGCUUGGUUUUAUUUCUAACCUGACAUUUUGUGAGAGAUUUCUGUGUGGAAACCACGCAGUUAAACCAGACAUUUAAACUACAAAUAUCAGUUCAUCAUUCUGUGUAUAUAUAAGAAAAGCCAAAAAAGGCAAUGUCUUUGACAAGAAAUAAAAAGGGGCGGGAGGCUCUGUGUAGUUUUCACUUUUUCCCCUGGGAGUGUUGGCUGCAUAAGAAUAUAUCUCUGCAUAAUUUUCCAAAGAGCUUUUUUCUCUGUUCUUAAUGGCUUUAUGUAAAGAUUUACAUAAAAAGCUGGAGAGAGCUGGGAAGAAGUGAUAUUAGUGCUCAGUGCUGGCCAAGAUACUUUCUUUUAAAAACAUCAAAGUCUUAACUCCCCAAGUCCUGUAUUACGAUUAAAUGCAGAGGUCAUUGUACUGAUUGAGAAUGAGAAGAACCCUGCAGCACAGGGACUGUUGAUUAGCCAGUGUGCAGAAAGAUCCCAAAAGCUGAUCUAAGAGAGGCUACCAUUCAUUGUACCUACAAGAAAUCUCCAGUCAGAGCUUCAGUGUGGCCACCAUUAUGUUCCAUAUGCAUUCCAGAUGUACAUUUCUCCUUGGCUUUACAACACUGCCCAAGGGUAGGCUGGAUUGCCCUACAGCAGCAUAACCAUUAUUUGGCUGUUCCAUUAUAAGCAUUCUUCUCAUUAUUCUCUUUUCAAUGGUGAAGGAUGGGGGAGCAGGGAUGUAAUGAUUUGCUACUUGCCUGUAGGUUGAGUCUUGGGACCUCCUGGGUAGGCUUAGGUGUGCUGGCUGGUGUAACCUGCUCAGAGAUUGGUAGUAGGUACAAAGAGUCCUUUCUUUUGUCCUUAUAGACACUGUACUAACUUGUAUCUGUCAUGUCAUAUUUGUUUCUGUGCUUCAUAAUUUGAGAGGUAUGGGUCUUGGGGGUUUUUAUCUGUCUGUAACUGACAGGGCUCCUCCAACACCAUGAAAAAAUCCACCACCGACAACAAAAAAAAUUCCGAACUCAGUUAUAACACUGGCUGUCUUCCAGUCCUCUGCUGUAGUAAGUAUUUGCUAGGAACUUUGUUACUUAAUUCUCAGUUUUCUCCUGAAAUCUUCCAGAAGUAGCAGAUAAACCUGGUAACGUAAUGCCUUUGAUUUAUUGAUUUGUUCCAGCAACUUCUCUCUUGAGUCUUCAAUCUAUGACCUCUCCUUAUCUUUGAUAUUUGGAAAGUGUGAGUCUCUCGUUUAGAUACCACUCCAGCACCCUCUCAGUGAAGACUGAUGCAAAUAAAUCAUUUAGAUUCUUGGCAAUGUCUUUAUUGUCUUUAAUUGUUUCUUCUACUUGUUUGGGGUGGCCUGCCCAUUAUCUCCACUUUCUGCUUUUGGUGUACUGAGCAAAUGUUCAUUUUCAGUUUUAACUUCCUACUGUUUGCUCUUCAGAUUCCCUCUUAGCUUUCUCAAACUUCAUCUUAACUGUUACAUACCUUCCUUUCGGCUUUACACAGUUUUAUUUCCAUUCUCUGAAAGUUUCCUAUUUGGCUGAGUAACUUCUAAAAUUACCCAUUUAGUCAUAUCAACAUUUCCUUAUCAUUGUCUUCCAUUCAUCCAAGGGGUACCAUACUCCAUGGCUGUCUUAUCAGAGCCCUUUCUAUUUUAAUCAGAGGAUUUCAGCUUUUCUAGUCCAUUUUUUUAGAGCCAUUGAUUCUUUAAAAAGAAAAUCAUGCUUUUGUUUUUUAAAUUUACCUUGAAUGUCACCCUACUAGGUUUUGAGGGUAUUUUCCUCUUCACUUUCCUAAAUGUGAAAUUUUUCUAAUUUCCUAAUUAGGGGAUCAGAAAUAAAGUAUUACAGAAAUUGGGCUCUGUAUCUCCCUUCUGUAUCUCCCUUUUCCCUCUCCACUACAAAACAUUGACAUUUAGGAGUCAUUGUAAACUUUUCAAAUCCCAAAGCCAGAACUGUGCAUUUUCCAUCACCUUUUGACAUCCCACCACUACCAGACAUAAUUAUUAUUCCAAAUAAUAACCUGCUGCCUGGCACCUAGUCCUCCUAUUUUUGUUUUCAUGCUUCUUCCUGUGAUGUAACAGGCUCUGCAAGCCCAAGUUUUGGAUGAAACACUAAAUUGAUACCUUAUCAUACCCUUAUGAUAUGUUUCCAUGAUUUUUCUCUGUUGUCACAGUAGAUAUAUCUAUGUAUGGAGAUAUAUACACACAUCUUCAAAAGUUUGGCUGUAGUUUCCAUCACAUCACUUUCUCUCAAAGGAUCAUCUGCCAUUUGCCUACACAGAAAAUGUCUCUGUUUCUCUGGGAUAGUUCUUAGUAUCUAUUAGGUUUUUUCCCAAGUCCUAGCUGUAGUAAUUCCUUCCAGCCUUGCUAGUUUUCCUAUGUAAACAAUCUGGUCCCACUUCAUAAUUUGCUAUUUUUAUUUUUUCUGUUUGUAAUCAUUAUCCUGGAUGCCAUGGCAUAAAGGAAUCAGCAGCUGUACCUGCAGUUCCAUCACCUUAGUUAGACUGAAUCUUACAUAUGCUCCCAUUACUCCUAAAGUACUGAUUUUUUUACCUGCUUGGCUUCAUGUGGUUUGUUGGUAAAUUGUAAGCUGCAUUUUUCUUUUACUGCAACCAGCAGAGGCACUUUGUAGUGUUAUUUGCAGUAGCUGUGGCAGCAGAGUAAGCUGUGUGUUAGAGGGAAAAGCACAAAAACCUCAUCAAAACUGUAGCUGCUGUUUCUCUCCACAGGGGAAAAUAAGGCCCUAGCACAGCUGAACAGUUUUAUAAAUGCCCUGCACAAAGCACAUUGCACAUCAUUUUCUGGUAGGUAUAAUCAUACAUCGUCCAAUUAAAUAUGAAAAAUACAUUUUUAAUGUUCUCAUUUUUAUGUGCAGCUCUACCCAGAAGAUAAUGCAUUUCCUUCUCUGUCUUGCCAGUUUCCCCCAUUACUCCAGCCUGCCUAAUAGCCCCAUCUGUUUUCAGCUGAGAAAGAUUAAUGGCCAGAAGCACUGGGAGUCCUGGCAAAUCAGCAGAGAUAUUACUCUUAGGCAUUGCUCAGGACAUUGCCUCCUGCUCUGCCAGAUUCUGUAUGGGUGUUCCUCAGGUUUCAGGGCAGCAGCAGCAGAACACAGCAAGCUCAGCAAGUGGGGUGAGUGUCAUUAUUUAUGAACUUCAACCAGGUCUAACACUUUCAGUGGUGGGAGUGCUAGAAAGAGAAUGUAUCAUUGUUAGCUCAAAACAUAUUUCAAUAUUAGGGAAAAAAAAGCAGCUAAGUUUUUGCAACUCCACUAGGUGAAACUAGAACAAAUAAGUCGCUAGUAGAAAAUGCCAGCCAAUAAUCAGGUAUUUCCACUGCAGCACUGAAAAUGUAGAAGCAUUGAUAGCUCAAUGAAAUAAUUUUUACAUCUGAGGAUUAGUAAUUAAUAAUGUAUAUUUAGAUGGUGUGUUUACAUCCAAACACUUAGGUGUAUUGUGGGUUAUUUGAAGAUUGUAUAUUGUUUCACGAUACGAAAUUGCUUGGAAAAGCUGCUGGCUGUGCACAGCAAAUAAUUGCUCAGGAAAUGCUUACACACCUGGAUUUAGAAAAAUCUUGCUUUUAUAAGAGCUUGGUUUUAUGAGUAGUUAUACACUCCCAGAACAGAACAUGAAGUCCUUGACAAUUUCAAAAGGAGGUGUGUAUGUGUCAGUUGGCUGGAACGUUUUCCUCUUACCCUUACUUGGGAUUUGGGGUUUGUUUACAGAGAAGAAUUAUUAUGUUGAGUUGAAAAAAAUAAUCUGGGAAUUAGAAAGCCAGCCAAAUAUUUAUUUAUGUGGUCAUUCAUAUGAACAUAUUUGUUCAGACGUGUUAGUGGCUACUCCAGUGGAAGUGUCAGGUCACUGAAAGUGUCAGGAUGAAAACAAUCUGAACUCAGGCUUGGAGUCUGUAUUUGGUCAGUCAUUGUGUUUGGCUUCUCCUCAUAUUGUAAGAGGAGCUUGCUGACUUCUAGCACAUUACUCUUUCUGUAGGGUUAAAAUGUCUUAAAUCUCUGCAGCAUGAAUUUGUGGAAGUCACUGCACAGGCACAGGUAGGAAAGGCUGCAUUUGAGAGCUCCAUGGUCCACUGCCACAAGACACAAAAUUUCAUUGCCAAAGAAACAGUUCUGACCUGAGGGUAAUUCUCUGAUCAGGGAUUUAGACACCCUUACCAGUUAUGUUCAAGAAGAGAUCCCCAAACAUAUUAGGCCAGGUAAUUCAAGCCAAGCUUAGCCUAUUUGUGAGUGUUAUGGCAACCUAAUUGAGACUCAGUGGAAGUGUGAACUUUCAGCAUUAACAAUUACAUCCCAAGUCUUGUGGUAAGGCUGCAAAUUCAAUCACAUGAAAGUUAGAAGAUCUGAAAUUUCAGGUUGGUGAUUUGCUCAUAAAACUUCUAUCUGUCCUCUCACACAUAUAUAGUAGGAUGUGGUCUGUGCACAAUUCUUCAUUCAGGUUUUUUUGAGGGAGUUAUCUUUCUUUCUUUGCAGAGAAUGCAUAAUAUUGGGCAAAUGAAGCAGCUGGGUGUAUGAUACUCCUUUUUACUUCUUUCAUUGAGGUUUUCAUAAUGUGAUAGCAGUCUUGAUUUUGAGCAAAGACAGACUUUUUUUCUUUCCCCAAAGGAUAGGUAUAAACUGAUUUAGGAAAAUCAAUUAUCCCCCGUGCUCUCAAAGCAGAACACCUGCAGUUCUGUUCUGCAGGCUUUUCUCGUAUGGAGGGGAUCCUAUGAAGCUGAUGGAAAUCACACAUUCAGAGGCCUUGUAGCACUCACCCCCAGGCUACAAAUCCUAACAGCUGAACUUGCAAGAGUGAUGAAUCCCAGCUCUGUCCAAGCAUGUCUGCUCCAUCACUGGGACCACUCUAAGGACUAUGAGCAGUCUAUCAGGUAAGCAAAGAAAUAUGAAAUAAAUAAUUGCAGGUGGGGAUAUGAUGGGUUUGUUUUAAGUAGCCAGAUUUUCAGAGGAAUGAGGAAGACAGAAGCAUUUUGAAGUCCCAGAAGAUCUGUUCAUAGGAUGUGUGGGCUGGACUAACCCCAUUCUGGAUUUGUGGCAUUUCUUAACAAACACUGGCCAAUGCAUCCCACCUGCAGUAAAUUCUAUGGAUUGUAAAAUUCUUGAAAGCACUGACAGUAACCCUUCACAGCUCAAAGAUAUUUAAUUUGUUCCAAUUCUUUGGAUUCCCACACUGAUCUUUUGGUGCCCUUAAGAAAAAGGAAAAAAAGAAUAAAGAUAAUAGAAGCUUGAUAACAGUAGGAGUCUUGACUAUCCAGCUGUUCUUGAAUUGUCAGCACUGAGGUCAAUGGCUGGGGCAAAUCUAGAGUUAGUGAGGUUCAUAGAAUUUCUUUCGAUCUGCCUGUGGAACUCUUGUUCCAGCAGUGCUCUCCAGUGAUGCUAUAAGGGAAGGAAGAGCUGUCCAAUGCAGAUUGAUCCAUGAGCUCUUCAUCCAGUCAGACCUCACCAUCAGCAGCAGGAAGGAAGGGGCACCACCACCUGGCACUGUUUGUAGAUGGCAAUAGUGGGUGCAGUAUGAAAUCUCUUAUUCUGAUGACAGAUUUCACCGAGCUCUUCUGCAUUUUUCAUGUACACUUGCUGUGAGUGACAGAGGUGAUCCUUGGGGUGAGGAAAAGAUGGGACUCAGCAGUUUGCUGGUCCAGAAUGAGAACAAGAGAUGUGUGUAUUUUCGCUUGACACCUUGCUCAGUGUUUAUUAAUUAUAUUAGCACCAAUUAAUCCAGCUGACCAGAGACUCAGUGUUCAGGCCAGGCAGUAAGCUUUUGCUGUGUUGAAAAGAGAAUAGACAGAUAAGCAAAAUUAUGUUUUCCAUCCAUACCAUCAAUGAAUAUUUCCAUACAGGUUCAAAUGGCUCACAGAGAGUUUACAUCUUGUAAUUUUCACUGUUAAGUCUUCUUCAAAGAACAGCAACGGCAAUUUAAAAAAAUAAAAAAGCUAUUGAGUACUGUAAAGACCCACAAGGAUUGACAUUCACAGAGAGUCAUCAAUAUAAAAUAUCCACCAAGUUAGCCUUCCAGCUUCUGUCGUAAAUGCAGAGAAUACAGGCACUAUCAUCAUCUUUCUCUUUACGCUUCAUAAAGCAAAAAAAAAUACAUGUACUAAAAAACAACUCUGAAUCACAUCACCCAAGGCACAAAUAUUUUUCUAAAUUUUAGUGCUUUCAUUUCCAUUUUCAUAAGUGAAAUUAAAAGUUUGCAAAAUAUUUUUAUUCAUGUUAUUCAAUUUAGAUAUUUGUAUUCAAAGUUGAACGUGAGCCAGCAGUGCCCUGGCAGCCAGGAAGGCCAGCCCUGUCCCGGGGGGCAUCAGGCCCAGCACAGCCAGCCAGGCCAGGGAGGGAUUGUCCUGCUCUGCUCUGCCUCGCCUCCAGGGCUGGGGCCAGGCUUGGGAGCCACAGUAUAAUAAAGGUCCAGAAAAUGCUGAAGGGUUUAGAGGGGAAGCCAGAGGAGGUGUCUGAGAUAAUUUGGCUUUUUCAGCCUGGAAAAGAAGGAACUUGGGGGGAGACCUCACUGCAAUUAAAACUUCCUCAUGAGGGAAAGAGGAGGGGCAGACCCUGAUCUCGUCUCUCUGGUGACCAGUGACAGAACCCAGGGAAUGGCCUGAAUUUGUGUCAGGGGAGGUUUAGGUUUGAUAUCAGGAAAAGUUCUUCACCCAGCGGGUGGUUGGGCACUGGAACAGCUCCCCAGGGAAGUCGUCACAGCACCAAGCCUGAGAAAGAUCAAAAAGCAUUUCGACAAUAUUCUCAGGCACAAGGUGUGACUCUUGGGGAUGGUCCUGUCCAAGGCCAGGAGUUGGACCUGGUGAUCCUUGUGGAUCUUUUCCAACUCAGAACAUUCUGUGAUUCUGUUUUAUUUAUUUUAUUAUGUUGCAGUUUUCUUCUGCAUCUGUCAGACUUGAAAACAUUACAGCAUUGUCUGUGGAGAAGAACAGAACUGAGGGGCCAUUGAGUUGUCCUCCAUGUUAGUGAAGGGAAAGUCUUUCCUGUGGCCUGGGGGAUUUUUUUAUUAGUUUGUGCUAUCACAGGUUUUAUUUCUACCUUAGCUGUGUCUCUUCCAAUAAGUAUGAAAGUCUACUGGCUCAUACCAGACCACUGCAUGAUUUCAGUACUGAGCAGUGUUUCUCAUAUGGCACCUAAACCUUCACACAAAUUUAUUCUGCAGGGUCUUUUUUUUCAAUUUUAAUCUUCAAGCUACACCUGAUAAAAAAUUCAUCAUUUUAAAGCUGUAAAAAAUGGGUUCACUAUGUUUUGGUUUAUUUUUAACAUACUCAUUUUGUUCAAAGUUUUCUGUCUACUACAUCCAUGGACCUUCCAGGAAAAUACUGUUUUGAGAGAAAGAGUGUAAUUGUAAAUAGUCCUGUGUGGCUGGAAUCAGCAGCACUAUGAGGGUUAGUAAUCUCAAGCCAGGAAUUUUAGCACGGGUUUCCAGUAUUUACAAAUUUCCCUAUUUCUGUAGGGUUCCAUUUCAGGAUCCUUCUUCAGCCAGCCCAUUCUUGCAUUUUCCACUUUUUCUCCUUGUUCCCAUCUGCUGCAGCCCUAAAUCCUACCUUAGGUUGGUGUUGACAGGCAUUUUAAAGACAAUAUAUACAACAUCCACAGUGCUGAGAUCUGAUUAUAACUAUUACACAGAGAAAAUAUACCUCUCCAUUACUGGCUGCCUUAAACUAUCAAUAACAUAAAAAAAAGAGAGGGGAGAGGAGAGAGAAUACUUAGGCUUCAAAUGCCAUUAAUGCAAAAACAAAACUUCAUCACUUCUCCUCCCUAGGGUACCCAAAACCUGAUGAAAGGUAGUGCCAAAGUGAUCUGAAUACCAGAUGAAUCUCACAAUGCCAGAAUCCUUAGUUCUUAGGUGCCCAGCUACAACCAUUCAGGCCCUGAUUCAGACCAUACAACUUGGCAGCUGUCUUGAGACCCAUGGUGUGGGAGCCAUGGGUCAAAGCCAAAAUGAUUCCAUAGAGUCAUGGAAUCAUUUAGGUUGGAAAAGAAAUCUAUGACCAAGUCCAACCAUUAACCUAACACUGCCAAGUCCACCACUAAACCAUGUCCCUAAGUGCUACACCUACUCAUCUUUUAGAUACUUCCAGGGAUGGUGACGCUUCCUGGGCAGCCUUUUCUGGUGACUGACAUCCCUCGCAGUCCCCUUUGUUUCCUUUGAGAGUCAAUGGAAUGAACAGGACUUCAGAAGAGGCAUUUCAGUUCAUUUCUUCACCACAUCUCCCCUCAUUCUGUGAGUAGCAGAAAGGGUUACAGUGCUGGUAGUGAGCAUCAGUUUUAGUUGCCACAUACUCAUUUAAGAUUGCAGGUGUCAAAAUCCUCUGGAAACUAAGCAGUAAGUGCUACAAGGCCUUGUACUCAAUAUUAGCUGACAAACUUGAGAACAACAAUCCAUGUGACAGAAAAGGUGUGGGUGGAUCAGCCAUGGGAGGAGGGUGAUUUGUGCACUCCAGAGACUGUGCUGCAUGUUGUGACAGACAGUUUGUGCUAACAGCAGAAAAGCACUCAUUUUCAGCCCAAAACCGUGGGCUUCAUAAUAGUGGGUAAAAUAUUACCCCUGGCAUUGGUGGUUGGGUUGUGCCAGGUCUGUGGCAGUGUGUCAGCCAGCACAUUUCCAACAGUGCAGGUAAGAAACUCAGAAAGGGGUAAAAUCCCCCAACAAUGGCUUUCCAUGUGUGUUUCUUUUUAAGACUCAAACCUCAUUCUUUUUCUGUUAUGGCCAAGGUGAUUCUACAUUCUCCAGGGGAAAGUUGGAGUGCCAUGACCUUUAGGGUGAGCUAGGCUUGUGGCAUUGAAGAUUCUGACUUUCUAACUCAGCACCUUGAAUUUCCCAAUAUAUUACCUGACUGGCUGUCCUUCUGCUUCAACUCUUCUGUUUCUCUCCCCAGCAUGGGGAAAGAUUUUUAAGUAACGUUUCAAGAAAGAGAAAAGAAUAUGUGUCUUCUUUCCUUAUGCCAUCUCAUCUCCCAAGCACCUCCCCCUCCAGACUGAGGCAAUUUGCAUUAAACACAAACCACUUAAUUUACACAUAAACUUCAGUCCGUGUGUAAGUUUUCUAGGUGACAAUUUUACUGGGGAAAACGCUGUUUAGAUUGUGUGUGCAAAGUAAAUGGCUUGUAAAUAUUGAAAAACAAAAAAAACAGGUUAAUUUUCAAUUGUGCAAUAAAAUUGUGAAAUAAUCCUCUCAA